CAGCGCUUCGGGCCCGGCGGCGGUGGCGGGCGGCGCGGCUGACAGCGCGACCCUCGGACCCGCCGCCGCCUCGGAGGCCUCUGCGGGCCCGGGGAAGGCUCCCCGCCAGCCCCCCCCCGCCUGCAGCCGGGCGCCUCCGUGUCCCCGUCCCCCCGGAGGGUGAGGGGGCGGCAGGGCCUGUCCCAUCUCGGUGAGGGACCGGCGGGAACGUGAGCGGCAAAUCCCGGUGCCCCGGCAGGCUGUAAAAACACCCCUUACGGCUUUUCCGCCAGAAAGUCUCGUUUCCCCGAGACAGCGGGAGGGGAAUUGGUAUAACGAGUGGAGCAGCUGAUUCACCUGGGAAAUCUUUUGGCCGUGGGUGACAAGGGGCAGACGUGGUUUCCCAACACCCGUGUGAGGAAUUCUUGGGGGGAGCCCCCGGUGCCCGGGUGCUGGUGGGGAGCCGUGUCCCCGGCACCCCCGUACCCGCGGCCACCCAGCAGAGCAUCCCGGACCCUCUUCACUGGCUCUGGGAGCCCGAGCCGGGGCAAGGAAGGGCCUGCAGGGUCUGAAUAAAGUGUUUUUUCCCCAGAUCGCUGAUGGAGUUGAAUGGCAGCAUGGAAAGGUCAACUGAGUGGAACUCCUGUCAUUGUUAAGAUACAGGCUGCAUUUAGUGUAGAUCCUUUGAUGGACUUAUCACAAAUAACAGGAACCAAUUUAUGCUUUGUCCGAAGCUAACACACAACAUUGUAGUGCAGAGAGGGUGUUUGUUCACUGCAGACUUGGAACUAUAGCAAAAUGGAGAAAUCCAGAAGCAGUUCAAAAUCUCUGAAGAUGCACGAAAUCCAACAACUCCCUAGGCAUCAAAUGCACGCAACGGGGCAAUCUGUUGCUUCCCAAUCUGCCAGACAUCGAUUUCAGGACAGAGGCCAUGAGAAUUUGGAUCAAGUUGGGUAUACCUGGCAUCAAGGAAGAGGGCUAAAAGAAUUCCAAACCAGAUACCUAUCAAGGAAAUUCUUCUAUCUAUGGACAAAAAAGACAUUUGGACGAGUUAUUCCUUCCAAAGCCAGGUGCUUUUAUGACCAGAAGAUUCUUCAAAAAACUUUUGGAGAGUGGAAAGAGUGGUGGACUGCUGGCAGAGCAAGGAAGCUCCGCCUGAGAGCGGCCAGCCAUUACAGGCUCUUACUCCAAAAUAUGAUAUUCAAGGCUUGGAGAACCUAUGUACGCCAGCAACAAGGAAAGAGGAACAAAUAUUAUGUUGCAGAGUCUCAUGCAAAGAAGCAAAAUUUGCUGAGGACCUGGCAGUGCUGGCUGGUUUAUGUUCAUGUUCAAAGGACGAAGCACGGGCUGCAGUCUGUGGCACUGGCGUUCAGGGAAAGAAGCUGUUUGCGCCUGUCAUGGGCAGUGUGGAGAAGACAACACUAUCAGAACUGUGCGAGACGUGAGAUGAAUGUUUUGGCUCUGCAGCAUUGGGCACAGAGCCUGCAAUUUCGGGCCUGGUUGCAGUGGCGAGAGCUGUAUUUAGACAGCCAGAAUGACAAGCAGAAGGAGACAAGGGCAGUAACUCACCAUCAGCACCGGGAGUUGAAGAGAUGCAUGGAAGCGUGGCUGGGCUACCUAAACCUCCGCAGAGCAAAAAAGCAUCAGAAUGAGCUGGCCCGCGAGCACCACCGAAGCACGAUAAUCCAUCAGUGUUUCUCUGAUUGGAUGCUCUCAUGGGAGCACAGGAGAAGAAUGCACGCUCACCAAAAGGACAUUGACCAACUAGCAGCGAGGAUUGCCUUACGGAGAGCCUUUGCACACUGGAAGCUUUAUGUUGUUCUGUGUGUGGAAGAGACUCGGCGGUGUGAGCUGGCUGAAGAGCACUACAGGCACCGUCUGUUGAAACUUGGGCUUAAGGGUCUUUCACAGAAUGUGACAAACGCUCAUCUUCAGCAAAUGAGAAAAAACCUUUCGUAUCGUCAGCACCAAGUUACAAUGCUGCAGAAGUUCUGGAACCGUUGGAAGUCCCGUUUGGAAGAGAAGGAGGACGAACAGCUGCAGGCCUUAACAUCAGUGGCUCAUGCCCGUUACAGGAGGGUGUUGAUGAGACAGGUAUUUGACACGUGGUGGCUGAAGGUGUGCAAGCAGCAGGAAUACCGAAUGGAAGAGAAGAGGGCUGUACUUCAUUUUGAAAGGCAACUCUUGCGUUGUUUCUGGUCCUUUUGGUGUAGAAGAAGAGCUGCCUGUUUGGAGGAGCAGGAGGCCUUAGCUCGUGCAAGAGACCACUACAAUAACCUGCUGCUGCUAAAGGCUUUCCAUCUGUGGAAGCAAAAUACUCAGGAGAGGAAAACAGAGAGGCUCAAGGAGAUGCAAGCCUUAAGAUUUCACUGCUCAAAGUGUCUGCAGCAGAGUUGGAACAAGUGGAGGGAGUAUGUGGGGCAUCAGCAUGAAAAAUGGAAGAAGUUGGUGCGAGCAGAUGUGCACUAUCAGCACACAUUGCUGGGCAAGACCUUGGCAGCCUGGAAGAGUUACCAACAUAACAUACAGGGCAUUCUAUACCAAGUAGCUGAAAAGGAGGAGGAGCGCAGGAGACUGCUGCUGGGACAGGUUCUGUGUAUGUGGAGAGAAAAUGCCCGUGCUCUUAUAAGUGAAGCUAAGGCAGCUGCUCGGGCAGAUGAGCACUACAGGAGAGCCAUCCUCUCAAAGGUGUUGCUGCAGUGGAGACAUGCUGCCUCGCUACAAGUGCGUUACCGUCAGCAAAAGGUGAUCGUUGUGAUGGAGGCCAGAAAACAUUUGGAUAUAGUGCAUUUACAGACCCUGUUUCUUCACUGGAAGGACUUAACUAGGGAGUCUCUGAUGCUGAGGGCUCAGCAGCACGUGGCCAUACAGCACCACCAGCGGCACCUACUCCAGAAGUCCCUGGUGAAAUGGAAGAAAUAUCAUCAGUGGUGCCUUGGGAAGAUGCUGCUGCGGAGACAGGGAGAUCAGCUCAUGGCACGUAGACUUUGCUCUGCUUCCUUCUCUUGCUGGAAGACACGGCUGUUGCAGCGGCGGUGGGAGAAGCAGAAGACGGUGCAGGCGCUGUGGCACUGGUCCCGUUCAUUGCAGAGGAAGGUGUUUGAUGCUUGGCUCGGAUUUGCCAAGAGGCAGCAGCAGAAGAAAGAUUGCAUUGAAAAAGCCACAGGAUUUUACCACACUCUUCAUCCAAGAGAAGGUGUGACCCAGGCCUUGAGAUGGAGCGCUGGCAUGAAACAGUUGCAGGGAGAGCUCCAAGCCCAGCACCAGCUGAAGAAGCAAGUGACAUUUAAAAUGCCUGAUGUAAGCCCCGAGACGAGAGGAUGUCCAGCAGAGGAGGAGCUGUGGCCUUCCAAAUGCAGUCGUCUACCAUUUCACCUUGCUGAUGGGGACUCAAUUCUCAGUCAUCUAAAUGCUAUUCGACGAGCAAGGUUACCACCGCGAAGGCCUGACUUCCUUCUGGAAUCUCUAGAAAGCAAGGAACUGCUGGGACCUCCUUUUACAAGAUCAGAGGCACCCUUCCAGCAAACAUCUGUGGACAAAAGUUCUGUGCAGAGGGGGAGCUUAAUGCCAACACUUCAAACGGAAGAAAGUACCUGUAAAUGUGUAUCUCAAAUGGGCAGUGCCACUCGUUCCCAUCCACUUCUCUCACCCGCUGCUCUCCCCUCUGGACCUCUGUGGACACAUGAUGUGGGCCGUGCUGUCCAGAGGCCAGAGCUACGUUCUCCUUCAUCCUUCAUGCCCCAAAUAAAAGCUGGAGCAGAAAUGAGAGAUCAGCCUGUGAGUGCUCGCCAGGGAGCCCAAGACUUUCAACUGGAGUCUGUGGAGAAGUUGCGACCAAACUUGCAGCCACAUUUGCUGUUACCUGAGGACUUGGUGGAAAAAUGGAGUCACCAAACUGCGGCUGAAGGGGGAGAAGGAGAACACGGUUCCAGAGAAGAAAUGGUGUUGCAGAGAAAGCUGGAAGUUGAGCUGCGACACAUCCAGCAGCAGAUGCAGUACUACUUCAGCAGGAAGCAGGAACUCAGGUCCUGUCAGCAGCAGGCACAGAUUCUGCAGAAGUGGCUGGAAAUGAGCACACAACCAGAGGACCGAGAUGAUGGGGUACAAGGAGCUCGGGAAGAGUUGGAUCAGUUACAGGUGAGGAUCAACACUCUCACCAAAGCACAACUACAGGAGAGACACCACGUGCAGAACCUGGUUGCCCGCCUGCGUGACAUCCAGAUUGCUCUGGACAUAUAAUGCAGCUGAGUCUACUUUCCAGCUCACUGGGACAGGAGCCUACCUGGGAAGUGCCGUCGGUGUGACACUCUCCAGUCGGUGGGUGAGUGGAAGCAGUGAUAAUCCCCUGGCGCCAGGUAGAUGACACAGUGAUAGAGCUCAUUGCCCUCCUUUGUGACCAGUUGUUGCUGAAAGGAGUUACCAGGUGGGGCUGCAAAGAAACCAUGGAAAGAAAGGGGUUGGAGAUACUCUUCUCACAGUGACCUACUGCUGAGCAGUCCAUGUUAGAACCAAUGGUCCCAGCAGAGGACUAAAUGCAGUCCACAUGUUUUGUUGGGACUACAAAAAGAUACACUUUGUCCAGGAAUCCAA